AUGCUGUGUGUCAUGUCAGAUGGGCCGCUGAACUAUGCCUGCUGUGUGAAAUACACUCGAACCCCUCUGCCCUUCAAGUUGAUCAAGGGCUUCAUCGAGCAGAGCUCCCUCGAGGUGUGUCGCAUAGAUGCCAUCAUUUUCUUCACCAAGAACAACAAGAAGGUUUGUGCGAGCGUAGAGGAUCAGUGGGUGAGAGCAGCGCUCGCUCGUCUGAGGUCCAAAAUAGAUAAACUGACAGACAAAAGACCUCAGCACCUCACCACUGUUCCCACCACCAGCAGCCCAUAAAAUAUGGCUUUAAUCAAACAUAUGACGGCAGAUUCCAUUAAUUACUGGAAUUACUUUGGCUUCUAUUCUGACUAGUCAUCCUUAACAUGAAACUAUAUUUUUGUAAUCACUUUUUUAUCACAUAAAAUGCAUAAUUCAGUCUGAGAUGCUGUACAGAUGUCUUAAACAGCAAUACUGAUGAAAAAAUAAAAUAAAUAAAUGCUGAACUAAAAAAAAAAAAAAAAAAAAUAAUUAAUUUUCUUUAUACGCCACAUAUAUCAUACUUUGACUUCUAUUCUGACUAAUCAUCCUUAAUGAAACUAUAUUUUUGUACUCACUUUUAUAUCACAAAAAAAUGUAUAAUUCAGUCUGAGAUGCUGUACAGAUGAACAAAAAAAAUUAAAAACUGAAGUCAAAAAAAAAAAAA